AUGACCAGUCUGAGAGGAUCGGAAGCGCAGCGGCCAGCCAGAGGUUCACAGUUCGAUCCUCGGGGCGUGACGCACGUGCCCAUUGGCGUUUUCGACACUGUCGACACUCUCAAGACGUUUGUGGAAGCGGAGGGGGGCUUCUCCCCCGGCUUCGCCUCUUAUGGCGUCUCCGUGUGGGCGUAUCUUCCAGGAGGAGGCCUCGUCGCUCCCACCAUGGACAAGGUCAAGGUGGACUACGGGCUUGACACCACCGGCUGCCUUCUACCCUGGUCCCAGUGGAGCGCUGGCUCUGGUGUCAACAUUCGGACGACCGUUGCACAAGUGGAACAAGUCUACUCCUCGGGAAAGACGGGGUACGUUGUCGGGCUUCAAGUAAACGUCACAAACGCCGGCAACGCUUCCGUCUCCCCGUCCAUCUUCGUGGCCCUGCGACCAAUCGGGCCGGCCGGUGGGCCCGUGACGCAGAUUGACGUCAGCGGAAACGGCUCAGCCCUCCUCGUGAACGGCCACGUGGCACUCCUCGCCUCGGGCCCCAACCUCCCGUCCGCGGCCGGGGUCACCGCCCAAGACGACCUGGACACAUUUGCCGCGACCGGGGGAGUGCCUACCGGGCAGUCUGCCGCUGCACCGGGGGGCACCGGUGCCGGGGCUCUGGGAUUCAAGCUCACGCUACCGGCGGGUUCAUCUCAAUCUAUUGACGUCCUCGCCCCCGUCCUAGCCGGCAAGUAUGCCGUCGGCCACAAUUGGACGGCCAUUUUGGACCCGCGCGGCUACUACUGGAACGACACCGCAGUCCUGGGCUCGCCCUCGGACGGGUUACUGCAAAUCGACGUGGGUUUGGCUGACCUCGCGGGCGUGACCGUCGGCGACAUCUUCGCGCGCGCGCGCGCGGAUUGUGCGGCGCUCCUGUCCGGAUCGUCUUUGAUCGCGGCUGCGGACGUCCGGUAUGGUAAGGCGUACACGGCCAUGAUCAACCACGCCGCUCUGCUCUUCAACAAAGGAACGCCGGACGUCACCGUCAUCAACUACAACACGUACAACCGUGACGGCAUGUAUGUCGUCAGCAUGCUCCAGCGCGUCGGCCAGGAGGCGGUCGCGGCCGCGGCCCUCGCGACCUUUUUCCAGCAUCCAUUCAGUGGACGGGUGUAUCCCGAGGCCGACAACCCGGGGGAGCUGCUCUACCUGGCCGGGGAGCAGUGGCUCCUCUUCCGGAACGCCACGUGGCUGCAGGAGGCAUACCCCAGCAUCAAGGCGCUGGCCAACCUCAUAGCCUAUGUGCGGGGAGGUCAGGGGACGCAUCCCGUAUGCAUGAACACGCUGGCGUUUGGCGCCGCUUGCCCGGCGUCAGACUCGCAACCGCUGCGCUACGGAACAGUUGACGGCUAUCACCCGGAGUUUUCAGAUGCCUUCGACGUGGGGGGCCUGCGCGCGGCCGCGCUCCUCGCAACUGCCGCCAGCGUUCCUGCCGACGCCCAACAGUUCGUUUCGCUCUUCGUUCGCAGCUCGAAGCUUUCGAAUGCUUUCACCUUCGACGUGGCGGGCCUGCGCGCGGCCGCGCUCCUCGCAACUGCGGCCGCCGUCCCCGCAGACGCCCAAGAGUUCGCUUCGCUCUCCGACACGCUCUACACCAAGUAUCUCAACAGCAACUAUACCUUCAGCCCGAAGUUCAGCUACUUCUACUACUGCACGCUUUGGCCUGCGCGUCUCUACCCUCUGAACAGCGGCCCGGUUAGCGCCGGAUUCCGAAACGUGGGGCCCCAGAUGCCUGACACGUGGCUGUACUUCCCGCUGGCGACCGCGCACCAGGGACUCCUGGCGGGGAGUCGCCAACUGGGCCACCAGACUAUUGAUUCGUUCUUGGCUUAUCCCAAGAUGACGGGUUGGUUCACCCCCGACGAGGGCGGCGCGAGCGACGCGGGCAAGUGGGCCCAAGUGGGUUAUCACAACUGGAACCCCAAAACCGCGUCGCCUCACGGGUGGUCCUUGGCCGAAUUCUGGCACCUGCUGCGCGAGUCGUUUCUCUUCGAAGACGGCGACUCGCUGGUGGUGUUCGGCGGGGUUAACGGGACAUGGCUAACCCAGUUCACCGAGAUCAAGCUCGUGGUACGUUACCAAGACCUUUCUUUUGGUCCCUGUCCUGCCCUUAUACAGGGUUGGAAAACCCACUUCGGCUCCUGCAACAUUUCGUACAGCCCCCUCUCAACGGGGCAGGGCGCGACCCUUGACGUUAGCACCGACACGUGUCCUCCGGGGGGCUACCUUAUCCGGCUUCCAAGCCCUUUGCAGCUCAACUCGGGGGCGACAAGACUGACGGCAAAUGCGAACGGCGACUUCCCCGUUGCUUGCAACGACACGACGAACCUGAAUGUCUCCUCGAGUGACUUCUUUAACUGA